AUGCGAAGUCUCUCAAAGAGAAAGCUUGACGCAGAGGCGAAGGCGAAGGCGAAGGCGAAAGAUGAUAAGGCAAUAUGUCGUUUAAUUCAAGAGGAUCUUGAGGUGGGCGGGACUGCAACAUAUAACACUUCGCCUAUAGGAGAACGAGCUACAUUCCCCUUGUUAACGAGGGAGAAGUAUCUUGUCGUUAUUAUCGGGGGUGGCUUUACAGUCGGCAGUGAUACUAAGGUUCAUAUAGGGAAUGGGUUAGGGCAUUUGGACUGUGUUACUUAA